AUGAAUUCUCUCAAAGACAUCAUGUCUAUAAUCGACCCGAGCGUGAAGACACAGGCGACAGUACCCAAACAAGCCCCGCCUGCCGGAGCCCCUAGGCCAGUGUCGCGACCAGUUGGAGGGGCAAAUGGCGCAUCGCAGAUGCCUCAGCUGAAGCGCAAGGCAUCAGGACCGGUCGAGAGUGGACAAGCCAAGAUACAGAGGAAGGAGGCUGUCGGGGGAUCAGCGCAGGCAAAUGGUGUGGCGCGUGCCACCUCGUCACCUGCCACGUCGAAACCUACUCCAUCCCCAUCUACCACAGCUGUCCCAUACCGUGGAACUGCCGCACCAGCAUCAUCGAAACCAGCAAUCCCACCCAUCCGGAAGCCUUUACAGUCGUCAAAUGCACCCGCUGCUAGACCCAAGACCACUGCGCCUGCGCCCAAGCCUACACCCGCCUCCACCACAUCAACACCAGCCUCGUCCGCCGCACCUAAGAAAGGAUAUCUCGCUAUGCUUCAGAAAGCCAAAGAGAAGGACGCGACAAAGCCUAUUGCUCCGCCAAUCAAGCAUGAGCCAACAAAGAUAUUGUCACGAAAAGAGCGCUUGGCACUCAAGGCAGAAGCAAGCGCCGGGGCAAAGGGCAAGAAGCCCAUUGCUGGACUACCCUCACGAACCCUAGACCCAAGAGCCGACCUAUCAAAAGACAAGAAGAAGCCAGUUGAGGUUGGUUAUCAAGGUACAGCACGGCCGGCCAAGAAGCCUGUCGAAGUUGGAUACAAAGGAACUGCCCGUCCAGCAAGUGCACCUGCAACAUCAAGUCGCAAUGGAACACCAGCCGUCAAGGCAAAACCGAACCCGGCCAAGGGACGCUACGACGGUUAUGCAGACUGGGACGAACUUAGUGAUAUGGAAGACGAAGAAGAAGACUAUGCCUCGGAUGGUUCCUCUGACAUGGAAGGUGGUAUCUGGGACGUCGAAGAGGAGGAACAGAUAGCCCUCAAGGUUGCUAAGAAGGAAGACGCUGAGGCACUGGCUGAGGAGAACCGACUGAAGCGUGAGAAGGAAGAACGAAAGAAGAAAUUAGCGGCCAUGGCUGCCAAGGCUAAGAAGAGGUUUUGA